AUGGUGCUGAAACCUGGUGGCCAGGAUGUACUCGCCCUGGGCCUACCCAGACUUCAAACCGAAGCAGUCCUUCUAGUUUUCCGCAUAACCCCAAUAUCUGUCCUUUACCGGGAGUCUGGAUUCUCUCCACCAAAAAUUGAACUAGAUCGAAUAGCCCUCCUCGAAACUGUCCGCCUACGGCGUCUUGAUCCUUACCACCCACUUCGAAGACGCGCGGAACAGGUUGCUAGUAAUAGCCGACAAACCAGCCGAUUUGCCCGCCGUAUACUGGCCCUCCCCAACUCUAAGCAGAUAAACCCUCUCCAAUACGCUCCCUGGCACCCUCGCGAGACGCGUGAGAAUGCUCAAGCUCGAAUAGGAGCUCCCAUGGGACGCAGUAAGGAACAGGCAGCGGCUGAUUUUAUAGCUUUUCAACGCACCAUCCCUAGCUCUGAUAUUAUAAUCUUUUCAGAUGGAUCUAGACUAGUAGAUGGACGUGCAGGAGGAGGUUACAUUAGAUUUCAAGCACACAAUCAGUUCCUCCGCUCCUCACUCUCAUAUGGACAUAGGAAAGAGGUCUUCGAUGCAGAAGCAGAAGCUGCCCUAGCUGGUGCCCAAGCAGCAAUAGCAUACUCAACAGCUCAAUUUGCUACUAACUUAUGGAUCUGCCUUGAUAACUUAGAAGUUGCUACGCGCCUUCUAUCUCCCUCUACCGGAUCUUCUCAAGAAGCCUUUGAAUCCUUCCGCACCCUUGCAGCUGGCUGGCCACUACGUGAAAGGCUUCCACACACUAAAAGUGGAUCAGUCCAAAUCCGAUGGGUCCCUGGACACACUAAAAUCCCUGAGAAUGAAGUAGCAGAUUCUGCUGCUAAAGAGGGAGCUGCCUCUACCCUCCCUUCUCCAUGCAAGUCCUUAUAUGCCUCGCUAAAGAGACACGCCAAGACUCAAUCUCUCUCUGCUGCCCAGACACGGUGGCAGACCAUAGCACCACAAACUUACUAA